UUCAAUAAACAAUCUCAAACACCGGUCUCUGUUCACUGUUCACCAGCUCUGACACCGGGGUUUUAGGUUUAUGAUGACGAUUGAUGGGGUUUUAAGGCUUACUUGUGCUCUAUCCAAGUGGUGUUACAAAUGGAGACGCAGUCGAUAAGGCUUCGUUUGGUGUUCGAAGAUGGUUCACUUCUUAGCGAAGCACAACGAUCCGACGGUAUGAACCAGAGUUGGCUUCUAGUCGAACCAAACCAACAUCAGAAAAUCUCCGACGUCUGCAAUCAUCUUCUUCACAGUUUCAACCUUCGUGAUUCGUGCCCUAAUGGCAUCCUCCUCUACAUGGAUGGCUUUGUGUUACCACCAUCUGAGUCAACUCGAAUCCUGAAGGACAAGGAAAUUCUUUGUGUAAAAAGGAAAGAGAUGGGUUUGGCUGAAGCAAUAGAGGGGGGAGAUGCAGGUAAUUUGGUUGACUAUGUGGAGGUCAACAGGAAGGAACCUGUAAGUAAUGCCAUGCUUCUUCUACCAAAUGAAGAGGAAAAGUUGGAAGAUGAAUCUUCAUCUGUAGAAACUGUUUCCAAGAAAAGAAAACUUCAGAGUUCAAAUCAUAGGGUGAGCGGUGUUGAAGGUGAAGUUGUGAGAUUACUUAGCCAAAUGGAUUCAUCAUCUUCUUCAUCAAGUUCGGACUUUGCGUAUUCUUCAUAUUGGCAUUUAUCUUCAUCAUCAAGUUCGGAGGACGUGUCAUCAUCCAAUACAUAUGUGUGUAAUAGUCACGUUUUGUCAACAAUUGCUCAAGCUACAUUCCUUCUUUUUCAUGAUACUGCAAGUUCAAGCGAGCCAAUAAAUACAACAACAAUAGAUCGUGAAGCUUCACAUGAUCGACUCGUGCAAGAUUAUUUCGGUGAGAAUCCUGUAUAUGGUGAUGAGAUUUUCAAAAAAGGAUUCCGAAUGCGAAGAGAAUUAUUCCUGCGAAUAGUUGAUGAUAUGGAGAGAGAAUUUCCAUAUUUUAGAUUAUCAUGGGAUGCUAGAGGCAAAAGGGGUUUCAGUCCGUUACAAAAAUGCAUAUCUGCAAUAUGUCAACUAGCAUACGGGACAAUUCCGAACGAAUAUAAUGAGUACUUGAGUUUGUCCGAAAGAACUUCACGUGAAAGUCUGCAAAACUUUUGUACAAGUAUUAUUCAAUUGUAUGGACAAGAAUAUUUGCGUAAACCGAGUGUUAGUGACAUACAACUUUUGUAUGCGGCACAUGAAUCAAAAUAUGGAUUUCCUGGAAUGCUAGGCACUAUUGGUUAUACACAUUGGACUUGGAGGAAUUGUCCAACAGUAUGGCGAGGACAAUACAUGAGAGGUGAUCUCGAGUUCCCAACAAUUAUGCUCGAAGCAGUAGUCUCGCAAGAUUUAUGGAUUUGGCAUGCAUUCUUUGAUGUCGCUGGUUCCAACAACGACAUCAAUGUUCUCAAUCAAUGGCCAUUAUUUAAUGAAGAAGUAAAUGGAACCGCAUCCACGUGUCCUUUCCAAGUUAACAAAGUAAAAUACAAGCAUGGUUAUUAUCUUGCUGAUGAGAUUUACCCCAAUUGGGCUACUUUUGUGAAAGCAUUUACCUAUCUAGACGACGAUAAACGAAAAAAGUUCAAUGCAACACAUGAAUCGGCAAGGAGGGACUUGGAACAAAUUUUUGGUGUCCUUAAAAGUAGUUGGCGUGUAUUUCGAAACCCUGCACGGGCAAUGGAUCCUAGAAAAAUUAAAAAUACAAUGUACGCUUGCAUUAUAUUACACAAUAUGAUUUUAAAAGACGAAGGUCUAGCAAUAUGUCCAUUUUUAGAAAAUGAUCGUCCAACCGAUCAAAAAGGUCUAAAAGUAAAUCAAGAUACUAUUGAGGAAUUGCGUUGUCAAGAAACUCACAACAAUCUGCGAUUAGAUAUUGUGGAACAUAUUGUAAAUACUUGCGUACCCAACCUAGACUACUAGUUGUAUCUUUAUAGUAUGAUACUAUUUAUUUAGUUGUAAUGUUUGUUUCGAGUUUAUUUA